CGUCUCCUGAAGCCAGCCAGCAACCGUUAUAAUCCUUUGCAUGCCUCUAACCCGAUGUUCGAUCAGUCUACUGUUGACUCGCCGCGACUCGAGAGCGAGGAAGAUUCUGACCAGCAGUCACUGAAGGAGAGACUUGUGUCAUUCGAUCCUCCCUUGCUUCAAGACGAACUCUUCAUCAAGCCGCAUCACGUGCGUGCUGAAGGAGAGAUCAACGAGUACUCCGCUGAAAUUGACUGCGGAUCCGCGCCGAUGCACGCGCUCAUCGAGGAGAGAAACGAACUCGAAAGCAUUUGCGCAGCUUCCGUCUCAAUGUGCAACUCGAUCAGUCAUCUUGUUCCGGAUGUCUUGGGCGAGAUUUUUUGCUUCGUCCGCGACGAAGCGAAGUACUCUCUUAGCGAUGCUCAUUCGUACGUGCUCCCCCUGGCUCAAACGUGUCGGCAGUGGCGCAGCAUUGCGUUCUAUCAACCUUCGCUCUGGGCGUAUAUCAAUGUUUCCUACGUUGAUAAGUCGUGGUUGGAAUCGGACUACGAUGAGCGCGUCGCACGCGCCGUUCGGUAUCACCUGGACAAAUCCGGCGAAGCACCGCUCUCGGUACACAUCUUGAAUAUCACCAGCCCCGCAUGUCGAGAGCUCUUCACAGAACUUUGUCGAUGGCGCGAAUGCGAUAUUAACGGCGUGCCAACAGCGGAAGCUGCCCCACAGGCUCGGGCACCUCUAUAUCCAUCCCUUGAGCGUCUUGCAUUCAUCCGGACUGCGGGAACCAACCAUUUUGAGUGUGCACCACUCCUGCGCACCUACCUUGGCCCUAUCACGGAGAUGCGCCUUCCAUGGGCGCAGCUCACGAGCCUUACCGUGACCAGCGGGACCGCUCCUCAUUCCCGCCAUCUCAUAGACACCUUGGUAACAUGCAAAGACCUCGAAUACCUAAGCCUCGAGUAUGCCAGCUUCGACGCCCCUACGCCCGCCGAUACAUCAUCGCCCACUCCCGUGCUCCCUCGCCUCCGAGCAUUGCGCCUUCUGUCCUCAUAUGAGCGGAUAGCAAUCACGGAGUUGCGCAUCCUCGCCCUCAUCGAUGCACCUGCUCUCGACUCCUUCGAGAUCUGCAUAUCGUCGACUGACUCUAGAUGCAACUCACCCGAUGCUCUCCCCGACGUCGUGGUGGGGAUUCUCACUCGAUUCCGUGCCCUCCGCAUCCUCAGUCUCAAGGGCACGCCGCUCGACCGACACGGCCUCCGUCGCGUCCUUGCCUCCGCGCCGAGCGUCGAGCGCCUCGUGUGGUGGGAGAUCGAGGAGCUGGGUCACUCGAAUUUCGCUGCUCUGGCCGAUGCCUUGUCCUCCUCUUCCCUCGCUUCCAACGCCAGCGCCGGCGCGGAUGAUCAUCCCACGACCGAUGUCGUCCAUACUAUUCUGCCGCGCCUCUCUCACCUGGAAGUCAGCGGCGGCCUCACUCCAGCUGACCCGAGGCAAAUCGCCGGCCUCAUCCGUUCGCGCGCAGUCAAGGGAGACGGACCCAGCGACGCUGCUACCCUGCGCGCGGUCGUACUGGAAUACCUCUCGGCGUGCAAUCUUGAGCCACGCACUCUUAGUGAGCUGCGGCGCGAGCUCGACUCAUUCAUUAUCCGCGAAAACAUCUCGCAGGGGCGUGGUGUGUUCAGUUACCAGGUCGAGUACGAGGAUGAAGAUCCACCAUAUAGUAUCAGCUAUUUUGAUUGAUCAUUCAGGGCGUCUACUUCUCUGGAUGGGUCGACAUUCCAUCUUUGUAAGCCAAAGCUAUGCAGCCAGACCGAAAUGUACAUGUGAAUCUGUGCUAUAUAGUAUACGCCGAAGACAUCUCGCAGACGUGUCCCUAUAUCUUCAAAGUCCAUAGCUAAAUAUGUACCUUACUAAUCAUAACUAUUCACAUUUCGCGUUACAUCCUCCAAUAUACACGAACCAUGCACACCAACGGUAUCCGCCCACACGGGUAGAUUAUUCGAGGAGAGCUGGACGAGCACCUUCACGUCGUGGCGAACCUGAGCCGGAAGCGCUUUGAUCUGACCGAGCUGGACGAUGGAGAAGCGCUCUCGCAUGACUCUG